AUGGGCUUAUUGUUCACAAAGUUUUGGAGGCUUUUCAACUCUCGGGAUUAUAAAGUCAUAAUUUUGGGGUUGGAUAAUGCUGGAAAAUCUACUAUUUUAUACCAGUUCGUUCUCAAAGAAGCUGUACAGACUUCUCCUACCAUUGGAAGCAAUGUUGAGGAAGUAAAGUGGAAGAACCUACAUUUCGUAAUGUGGGAUAUUGGUGGACAGACUUCUGUUAGGGCUUCCUGGACCACAUACUUUGCAGGCUCAGACUUUGUCAUUCUAGUGGUUGAUAGUACAGAUCGGGAACGUUUAUACCUGACUAAACAGGAGCUGUGUAAGCUACUAGUUGCUGAGGAGUUGAAACGUUCGAAAAUGCUGAUUUUUGCCAAUAAACAAGAUGUUUCUGGCUGUAUGUCUGUUGCUGAAAUCAGUCACAAUCUAAACCUUACGUCUAUUAGGGACCACCCGUGGCAUGUACAGCCUUGUUGCGCACUCACAGGAGAAGGGCUUCCUCAAGGUUUGGAUUGGAUUGCUACUCAAAUUGGGCGAUAA